CUAACCCUACUCUUAGUUGAAAAUGUCAGAGACGAAUAUUCGAAUUUCUCAAAUAAUCAAACGUCACUUUUACGAUAAUCUCAACGACACCUUUUAGGCUGUCGAUGCUAUUAUCGUUUCAAGUUGUAUAGAUAUAUUUGCCAUACAAUAUAUAUAACAGGAUUUUUUAACUACUAAGUCAUUUUGUUGAUGCAUAGAAAUAAUGCAAAUGGCCGCCUGAGAAAUAGGAAGUCGACGAGAAGGGUUGAGUUACUUUUUUUUACAUUUUAUUAUCCGCGUGUUUUGUAUUAUUUAUUCAAUAUUAAAUGGUCAUAUUAUAUUCAUUACAUUUUUUUAACAUUAACAUUAUGUGUAAAUGAUACCAAAUUGGUGGUGCAGAGUCUGGCAUGGUCCUUAGCGACUAAACUAUGUUUUGACUUGUGACACUUAACAGCGACAUAGCACAGAUAAUGUUUAGGUUUGAUCAUAUUUCAUUCAGACUAACAUCGUAAAAAAAUCAAAAUAUUAGUCUAUGGUAACGAUAAACGAUAAGGAAUUCGAACAUUUGUUAGAGUAGGACAGUUGCGAUAUAUUUGGAGUUUUAUCGUAUCGUUCCGAAUGUAUCGUUGUCGAUUUUGCGAGUAGACCUCCUGGAGUCUACAGCUGCUAUCGUUCACUGUACUCAGACACACAAAACUCAGUAUUAAAAUACAUAAUAACAAAAGACGAAAUAUAUUCAAGGAAUUACAGCCAUUAUGAGUUUGGCAACACUAUAACUAGUGGCGACCCAUUGUUAUUAUAUAAAUAUUUUAAAAACGGUCUUUGUGUUUUCAUCUUAUAUAUUAUUAUGUUGGCAUUGUUAUUUUUUUUAUCUAUUCUUUUUAGUACAUUUUAUCGUUGCAUUUGGGUGAUAUGCAUAUGGGUGAAAAUAUAAACCACGCUUGAAUAUGUGAAACAUUAAUUAAUUUAUAGCACAAUGUUACUAACAUCAUAAAUACAAUUAUUCCAUCUGCCUAUAGACCCAAAACCCUCUAUGGGUCUAUAGCUACGCGAGCCUUCAAAGGCACAUACUCAAUAAUUAUGAAAUGUCUCAAUAACAUGUGUAGGUUUUUUUAUGUCUUGUCUGUUUGCCUAACAUCGUAUUGCAUUCUGUACCUACCAAAAACAUUGUUUGAAAGUACCUACUUUUUGUUAAAAUAUUAAUUUCUCAUGUAAGUGAGAAUAUGUCUUAAUGAGAAUAAAUUUAUAUAAACCUAACUACAGAGAGGAGCGAGAGAGGAGUCGGUGGCAGUUCCCUUGGUGAUCGUUUUGUGAUCAUGUUGCCACUGCGCUGAUGACGUAGCGUCACAAAACUUACAAGAAUAGUUAAUAGAUCGUAAAAAUGCACUCAGAUUUUUUGCAGUUACUCGUCAAAAAGAGAAUCAUUACAUAUUAAACUUAUCACAAAUCUGCAUAAAAUAAUGGACAUAAUACUCAUUGGUAAAAUAAACAUACUAUGUAUUGGUACCAAUUUGCGUGGCGAAUUUUGAAUAACAUCCUAAAUUGUGUGGAUAUAUUCAUGCAAUAAAUGUCGUAGAAAUUUGUCAAUGGUUUGCUGUUUUCGUGGGUUAUUUUUUUGAGAUUUUUGUUUUGUUUCUUAUCUAUGGCUACCAAAUCGUAGGUUGUUAACAAUUAAUGAUGAUUAAAAUGGCCGUAUUCUUAUCGAAUCGUAUUAAUUUAUCGAUGCUAUUGUAUGUAAUAUGCCUACUACAAUAUUACACUAUUUGUGUGGAUAAAGAAUGGGAUUAAAAUGGCGAUAUUGAGCCUGUACCGUUAACAUAUUGUGAUUUAUGUCUACUACCUUCGUCUUGUACCUAUUUAGAGCUCCUGAAUCACUAUUACAUUAUUUAUUACUGUAUGUUCAUAAAAUGUAGAGCAAGUGAGAGAAACAUACCAGAUACUUACUGGCCACUCUCUUUCACAAUCGUCAAUUUGUACAAAUCAAUUCCGACAAGUUUAUGUGAGCGAGGUGUAAAUACAGUCAUGGACAAAUUUAGAGGAACGCAAAAGAAAGUGUAGUGAAAGUAUCUAACAAAAUUAUAAUAAAAAAUUGUGACAGUUAAAUUGUCUAAUUUGGUUUUACUUAUUAUUUGUUUAUUUUUAAUAACUAAGCUCGAUAAAAUUAUUGAUCAAUUAACAAUAUAAACCAAAAUGAGUUCAAAAUAAAAUAAACAGGAAGCAAACAUUUUUGUAUGCAACAUUUAAGCCUUUUUUUCAUAAAGUUUCGGAAACGACCUAACGUGGUCUAUAAGUACUUUUACUCAUUACUUAAUAAUUUCCCCUCUAUCUUUUCGAAAAAAAGGUAUUCAACAGACGCAUCUCCUAGAAUGCUAAUGGUACCACGUUUUUUUUUCUAAAAUGUCAGUAACGUAUGGUGCCCCCGUUAAUGUCCCAUUCCGUAGGGGGGAUCCCUUACAAAUACCUCCCAAUGCCAUAACUGACCCACAAACCACGUGCCUCUACACUUAUACCUCUAUCCCGGGCCUCUCCACACUUUAAGUCUUCUAUCAUCUGCUAUAUAUAGAAUCUCAUCUUUGAGUAGAACUUGGCUUCAAGAGUCGUUAUUCCAAUUUCUAUGAUUGAGACCAAAAUCCACUCGAGCUACUCGAUGGUAUGUGGCAAGAAGAUGUCCUCUGGCAGGCAAGUGGAGUUUAUUUCAGCAGAUUGCAGUUUUCUUCUCACAGUUUUAGUGCUAACUGUAACGCCUCGAAAUUCUUGAAGCUUCGUUCUUACUUGAGCAGAAGUCAAGGUUCUGUUUCUUAGCACGCAUCAUUAGCAUGAUUAAAGGUUUUGGUCACAGUUGUCCAUUUGUCGUCCACAGGGACUUCCCAGUCCUUCUAGUCUCGUAAUCUGUCCAGUCUGCCGAUACCUCUUGACAACUCGGUGUAUCACAAAUUUGGAUGCUCGUAAUGUUUAUAGUGUACCCAGUCCUUACAAGUCAUUUAAAGAAACAGCCCGAGCAACUAGAGUGGCAUUUAGAUCUGGCAUUAUUAGUUUAUUUGCCGAUUAAUAAUGAUUCGAAUUUGAAUCAAAGCAAAACUUUAAAUUUCAUUUUGACUCAAAUUCAAAAGUUGAGAAAGCUUUUGGAGUAUAGAAAAACACAACAUAAUAUUCUUAAACUUAAUUUUUUAACGGCAAUAUUGAUGUUUGUGGCCCAGUAUGCACAAUAAUCACAUCUAGAAAAAUCAAACCUUUUUGUCGCGUUCGAUUAAUUUGUCCAUGAGUGUAGAUGCGACAGAAUCUAUAAUCCCAUUCUUUAUCCGUGCAACUAAUAUUUUUACUUGAACGUUUGUUUCCGAUCGCACGAUGUGAUUGUAGAACAUAGGUCUAGAUCAGUACAUGCUAUACGCCCACGGGUCGGACCUGUGUCGUGACGUGGUGAUGCGACAUGCGAUGGCCAACUGCUUCGAGGCUCUUAUGGGUGCGCUCUUCCUCGACGCCGGCCUACAGGUGACUGACCGCGUGUUUGCUAUGGCAUUGUGGCACGGAGACGAUACUCUCUACGACGUCUGGAUGAAGGAGCGAGCGCACACCUUGCAAGACCAGGAGCCACUCGGAGACCGGCAGUACAUCAAAGAUUUCGAGUUCCUGCGAAAGCUUACGGAGUUCGAGGAUUCUAUUGGUGUAAAAUUCAAGCACAUUCGUCUAUUGGCGCGCGCGUUCACGGAUCGCUCUGUGGGCUUUACGAACCUAACCCUCGGCUCCAACCAGCGCCUCGAGUUCCUCGGAGACACGGUGCUGCAGCUGGUGGUAUCGGACAAGCUCUACAAACACUUCCCGGACCAUCACGAGGGUCACCUAUCGUUGCUGCGUUCAUCUCUCGUGAAUAACCGCACACAAGCUAUGGUGUGCGACGACCUCAACAUGUCGGAGUAUGCGAUCUACAACAACCCGAAAGCCAAACCCACCGCCAAGAAACACAAAGCUGAUCUGCUGGAAGCCUUCCUCGGAGCACUUUAUAUUGAUAAGAAUUUGGAGUACUGCCAAGUAUUCUGCAGCGUGUGUCUGUUCCCUCGGCUGCAGGAGUUCAUAAUGAACCAGGACUGGAAUGACCCUAAAUCGAAACUUCAACAGUGCUGUCUGACCUUGAGGUCUAUGCAGGGCGGCGAACCACAAAUACCAUUUUAUAAAGUCAUUGAGUGCUUGGGACCAACUAAUACUCGUCUAUACACCGUUGGAGUGUACUUUCGGGGGAAGAGGCUGUCCUCCGGCCGCGGCCAUUCCAUCCAGGAAGCUGAGAUGAACGCGGCUGAGACUGCUUUAGCUACUGCACAUGAACUGUUUCCACAAUUGGAUCACCAGAAGAGAAUCAUUGCGAAGAGUAUGCGCCGCAAACGGAAAAAGGCGAAGAACAUACAGGGGGUGGAUAAGUCUGCUAAUGACUUAUUUUUACGACGAGAUGAAGUGCCGAAAGCGUACCGCCCAGGAACAAAACUGGAACAAAGUUCCGAAAGUGAUGCAGAGCUAUCCGACACAGAGGAGCCGAAAGAAAAGAAAUCGGACGAUGAAUCCGAUUCCAAAUCAGGUUCGGAUUGUGACUCCGGUUCCGGGACGGACAAGUUCGAAAACGUCCAAGUUAGCAGUUUAGUUAGCGACAUGGAGAGACUGAAACAGGAUCUCAUCAACAGGAACGAGUAUGAUAAGUUAAAGGAAAAAUGCAAGAAGUCUGACUCAGACGAGGAACUAUAAGAGUUCUCUUAAUGUUUUAAUUUCAGACAUUUAGUUAUUAGUAGGGAGCAAUUUAUUUUAGUAUUACAUGUUUGUAUCGUGAAUUAAAACAUGCUCACAUUACUCUAAAGAAAUCAUGCUAAUAAUUAUGAAUUAGACUUUAUUUUGUCAAUUAUCUUAUUAUUUUUAAUGUGACAAUUACGUAUCCAUUAAAUAAUGACAAAUACAGUAAUGAAUUUUGUAAUUUUCAUUCUUAAAUUUAUUUAAUGGGUAGGUAUAUAGUAUGUUUGUCAUUAGGUAGGUAUAUAGUAUGCUUGUCAUUAAUAUCUAAAAUAUUGCUCAGGUGUUGUAUUGCAUAAGUAUUGUCUUGGUUAUUAUUUAAAGUGAUAAUAAAACUAUGCAAAAUUAACGAAA